AACUGGGUAGUAAUUGAAAACAGAUCAAGAAAUGAAGCAACUAGAAAAGGCAACAUCUUUAAUACUACUGCCUCUCUUGAUCAAUCUCCUGGUUCCAUCCUCCUCAGCUCAAAACUGCAACUCUGUCUCAUUCUCCGGCGGCCGGAAAUACUCCAACUGCAUUUCCCUUCCCGUUCUCAAUUCCUUCCUUCAUUGGAAUUACCACCAACCCAAUCAAACUGUCCAAAUUGCUUACCUUCAAACCGGCGUUUCUCCUUCCAAUUGGGUUGCUUGGGGCCUCAACGUCGGCGGCGGCUCCGGCAUGAUAGGUACCCAAGCUCUCAUAGCCUUCCAGAAUUCCAGAGGUGCCGUUCAAGCUUACACGUCUCAAAUUACAAAUUAUGCCACUACCCUUUCUCAAGGACCUUUAAGCUUUAAUGUUGAAAACAUCUCAGCUGAGUUUGUGAAUAAUGAUCAGAUGAUGAUUAUAUAUGCUAUAUUGGAUCUUCCAGCCGGCCGGAGUAGUUUUAAUCAUGUAUGGCAAACUGGGUUUCUCUCCGGUGACUCACCACUGAGACAUAACUUGACCGGAGCUAAUGUUAGGUCAUUGGGGACUGUUGAUUUCGGCAAUGGAACAACAGUUCAUUCAAGUGACAAUCAGCAAGACAGAAAUGAUUGCAACCCUACGUCACUUUCCGGUGACAUGACAUACUCCAAGUGUAAUGUCCUCCCGGCGCUUAACUCCUUCCUUUAUUGGAAUUACUACCAAGACAAUCACACCGUCGACAUUGCUUACCGACACACCGACGUUUCCUCUUCAAACUGGAUUGCAUGGGCCAUCAACGUCGAUGGGUCCGGUAUGAUAGGUGCCCAGACCCUGGUUGCGUUUCAGAGCUCCGGAGGAGCCAUGCAGGCCUACACUUCUUCCAUUACAAGUUAUGGCACGAGUCUUUCUCGAGGUUCAUUGAGUUUCAAAGUUCUCAACAUUUCAGCCGAGUUAGUGAAUAAUGAAAUGAUUAUCUACGCCAAGAUUGAGCUUCCUGCUGGCCGGAGUAGUUUUAAUCAGGUAUGGCAAAUGGGUCCUCUUUCUGGAGACAGCCCAGGGAAGCAUUUAACUAAUGGAGCUAAUAUAAGGUCGACGGGGACAGUUGAUUUUGUCGGAGGAACAGUUCAGUCAACUGGUGGAGGCGGCGACAGAGGGAAGAACAAAAAUGUAAACACUCUGUUCCUAUUUGUUCUCUUGUUUAUAACAAACAAUGGUCAUGGAAUAUUGAAUGCCAUAAGUUGGGGAAUUUUAAUGCCAUUAGGGGCUAUGAUUGCACGAUAUCUGAAAGUGUUUAAAUCAGCCGAUCCAUUAUGGUUCUAUAUUCAUGUGACUUGCCAAACCUCAGCCUACAUGAUCGGAGUUGCUGGUUGGGUCACCGGAUUGAAGCUCGGAGAGAAAUCCGGCGUACAGAACACAAUGCACAGGAACAUCGGUAUCACACUCUUUUGUCUCGGAACACUUCAGUUGCUUGCGUUGUUGUUGAGGCCAAAUAAAGAACACAAGCAUAGAUUCUACUGGAACUUAUAUCACUGGGGGGUAGGAUACACUGUGAUCAUCCUCACCAUUAUCAACAUCUUCAAAGGAUUGGAGAUUCUCAAUCCCGCAAAGGGAUGGAAACAAGCUUAUAUUGGAAUUCUUAUCUUUUUCGGCGUAAACGCAGUCAUGCUUGAGGCCUACACUUGGUACCUUGUCCUCAAGAACAGGAAGAAAGAGAGCCUUGCCGCUAACGAUAAAUACCCUCAAACAACAUAACUAGAAUAAUCGAUUAUACUAUUUAUA